CCUGACCUGAUCCCUGUCCCCACCCACAGCGCCGAUGGAGAGUUCGCUGUGACACACAUGACCAAGGCUCAUCUCUUCUCCGAUGGGAAGGUCAAGUGGGUCCCUCCUGCCAUCUACAAGAGCUCCUGCAGCAUCGACGUCACCUUCUUCCCUUUCGACCAGCAAAACUGCAAGAUGAAAUUUGGCUCCUGGAGCUAUGACAAGGCCAAGAUCGACCUGGAGAACAUGGACCACCAUGUGGACCUGAAAGAUUACUGGGAGAGUGGCGAGUGGGCCGUCAUCAACGCCAUUGGCACCUACAACUCCAAGAAGUACGACUGCUGCACUGAGAUCUACCCAGACAUCACCUUCUGCUUCGUCAUCCGGCGCCUCCCGCUCUUCUACACCAUCAACCUCAUCAUCCCCUGCCUGCUCAUCUCCUGCCUCACCGUCCUGGUCUUCUACCUCCCUUCCGACUGUGGCGAGAAGAUCACCUUGUGCAUCUCUGUCCUCUUGUCCCUCACUGUCUUCUUGCUCCUCAUCACGGAGAUCAUCCCUUCCACCUCUCUGGUCAUCCCCCUCAUCGGGGAGUACCUCCUCUUCACCAUGAUCUUCGUCACUCUCUCCAUCAUCAUCACUGUCUUCGUCCUCAACGUCCACCACCGCUCGCCCAGCACCCACACCAUGCCACGCUGGGUGAGGAGCUUCUUCUUGGACUUCAUCCCUCGUUGGCUCUUCAUGAAGAGACCUCCAGCUCUGCCACCCCCGGAGGGGACGGUGGGGCAGUAUGACCUCCCCGGGACGCGGCUCAGCACCUCUCGCUGCUGGUUGGAGACUGAUGUGGAUGACAAGUGGGAGGAGGAAGAGGAGGAAGAGGAAGAGGAGGAGGAAGAGGAGGGGAAGACCUACCCCAGCCACAUGUCUCCUGUGGAAUCCCACCCCAAAGCCACCCAGUGUGGCUACAGCUGUGGGCGUCAAGCUGGGAAGGCUUCACGAGGUUCCGCCCCACGUGUGGCCACCAAGGAGAAGAAAGAGGAGGAGGAGGAGGAGGAGGAGGAGGAAGGCGCAGAGCAGGGCUUGGUGCUGUCCCCCAGCAUCUUGAAGGCCCUGCAGGGGGUUCAGUACAUCGCAGACCACCUGAGGGCAGAGGACAUUGACUUCUCG